AUCAGUUUAAUGCUGAUCACCCUGCGAGGGAGUGGCAUAGCUGAAACAAGGUCAAAGGUCAAGUCAGUGAAAAGUGAAAAAAGUCGAAGGUUGUUUGCGUAAUUUGUAACAAUUUGUGGCGAAAAGAUACUGUUUUGUGAGGCAUAGGUGUACACCUUGUAAGAUCGCUACUCAUAAAUGAAUGUCGGAGUGAGACAGGCUUGUAGACUAGUCACAGCUUACAGGGGGAAUCUUCUCAGUCUGACUGCCAGGUCAGCGAGAACAAUGUCUACUGAGGAAAAGCAGCCAGGUCCAGUCGAGUCUACCAUCAGAGAAAAAUUGAGUCAGCAUUUCCAGCCUUCCCACCUAGAUGUCAUCAAUGAGAGCUACAUGCAUUGUGUGCCACCCGGUUCAGAAACACAUUUCAAGGUGGUGGUGGUCUCAGACAUGUUUGAUAAUGAGGCCAUUAUCAAGCGACACAGAAUGGUGAAUGGAGUGUUACAGGAGGAGCUGGAGGGGCCUGUCCAUGCACUCUCUAUUAUGGCAAAGACACCUAAACAGUGGGAAGACUCGGGAGGCAAAGUGUCCAAGUCUCCGGCCUGUAGAGGAGGGAUGGGACAGUGACUGGCUUCAGCAGAGUUCUAAAGGAGAGUUGUCUCCCGUGUCGAGAUUUGAUGGAAACAUAUUGCUAGAUACAGACAGAAAUGGCCAUUCUGUUGUUGGAUAAAGUUAGCGUGUCAAAUAUGAAAGAUACCCGGUCAAAUCACACCAGAUGAGCCUGGGUUUACUGAGAUGAUGGAAUAACAUAUUAGGCCAUCAAAGACUGGAGAAAAUUCAGCUCAGCUGAAUGUACUGUAUAAUAUAUAUGUCUGCAUGAUGCAUUCAUGCAUGAUGUCUGCUGUCACAAUUAUUCACAGGAUUCUGCCUUGAAUUAUUGGAAUAAAGCACUUCUUUUACAUUUAA